AUGUGUACUGAAUUUGGAAUUACUGGUGACAGGCAUGGAAGAACAAGCAUUUAUAAGACUUAUUUGUUUGGGAGUCCAAGUGUCCAUAGUUUGCAGUCCGGAGCUAUGCAAGAAGCAAUACAAUUAGGAGGAAAAAAAUCGCUGUAUGGCAUCUCAAAUUCAGAGCACAAGCGUUUGCGUAGGCUAACAACGGAUCCCAUCAAUGGCCAUGUAGCACUAGCUUUGUACAUAGGGCAUAUUGAAGACAUUGUGAUCCCUUCGUUGGAAGAUCUUGCUAGCAAGAACCACUCAAUCAAGUUCUUCAAUGAGAUGAAACAGAUUGGUAUCAAGGUUAUUGCACAAAUUUUCCUCGGGUCCACUCAGGAGGAUUUGGUUCUUUCGUCAAUGGUUAAGUAUUAUACGGAGUUGUUCCCCGGCGUUCUUUCCAUGCCCAUUAAUCUCCCUGGUUUUACGUUCCAUCGAGCACUCAAGGCAAGAAAGAAGCUGGUAAAGACAAUUCAAUCCGAAUUGGAUGAAAGAAGAGCGAAAACUAUGAUUUCAGAGGAGGCAGUUAACCCCACUGCCCACAGUGUAAAUCCAUCCAUAGAUACAGGUGCUCAAUAUGUGCUAUAUUAUUUAUCUCUCAAGGCGGCGCACUUUAAUAAUAUCAACGAACUACGUAAGGACGAAUUGUGUAGCGAUGAACUGCGUAGCUUUUCCAUUGAAAAUGAUAUCAUUGCGGUGAAGCCAAAAAGACCAAAUGUGGGAGUCGAUGGAAUUCUCCAAAUAGAGAGGAGAGAGAGGAAGGUGACAGAGAUUUUGUUUAUCAUUAACCAUCUUUUACAAAUAUUUGCAACUAAAUUGCGGAUUUUAGAGACCAUAUUCUUGGAAAAAACUGAUAGAUUGGAUAAAUCAGAGGGAGAAGAGUCCUGUAAAGGACUUAAUGUUGACUUUAGAAUUGGUCUUAUUUAA